AUGCCAAAGUUCCAGCCAGUCCCCGAUUCUUUUAGGAAUCUUGAGGGUCAAGUGGUUGUGUUGACAGGAGGUGCUCAUGGCGUUGGAGAGGCAGUUGUUCGCUAUUUGUACGAAAAUGGUGCACACACCUUCUUCGGAGACAUCGACGACAAAGCUGGUCAAUCCCUUGUAGAUACGCUCAAGGGAGGGAAGCCUUCACACGCAAGUUUGUACUGCUUGCAUGUCGAUGUUCGGAAAUACGAGGACAACCUUGCCCUGUUUAAACUAGCAUAUGAGAAACAUGGUAGAGUUGACCAUGCAUUUUCGAUUGCCGGGGUUACUGAGCGACAGAAUUGGUUUGAACCAGGCUUGGAUCUCCAGAGCGUGGAGAUUCCUCCUUCGACAACGGUAUUGGAUGUGAAUUUGACCGGUCUAUGCUAUUUCGCCCGCAUCGCGACGGUAUAUCUCCGGCAAGGAAACGAGACUCGCGCGCACGACAAAUCCAUCUGCCUACUUGGAUCUAUCGCCUCUUUCAAAGAACAAGCUGGUCUGUUCAUAUAUCAGCCAAGUAAGCAUGGCGUGAUUGGCCUCAUGCGUUCAACACGGAAGAUGCUAGAUCAUGAAUACGGCAUCAGGAUCAACACAAUCUGCCCAUCCCUUAUCAAUACAGACAUGGCUUCUCACAUGUACGAUCUUUGGAGAGGACGGGAUCUACCGGUCAAUGAGGCACAUGAGGUGGCCGAGUAUGUCUUGACGCUAGCAAGCAUACCACAAAGCCCGUUCGUGGGAACUUUGACAGGCCUUGCAAUCUAUAUUGAAGGGGGUAGGGGCUGGGAAAUUGAAAAGGAUCUGGAUAGAGCUGAGAUACACUGGUUAGGUGAGAAGAACACCAAGGCGGUUGCGAGAAUCGAAGAAGCCUUGGGGGUGGGCCUAAGCUGGACUCAAACCAAAUGA